ACGGGCGACGCCGCCGCCGCGGUUGCCACGGGCGACGCCGCCGCCGCGGUUGCCACGGGCGACGCCGCCGCCGCUCUUGCCCCUGGGGAGAAGUCUGCGAUGCAGAGGGCCACGGAGGAGGUGGAGGCUCUGUACGCGUUCCGGGACCGCUACUUUGAGCAGCACGGCCUUCACGAAGCGGGGCUCAAGGGCAGCCGCGUGGAAUCGCGCAGGACGGAGGCCCUGCGCCUUCUGGCGGAGCUCGAAGCGGAGUGCGGUGACCGUGCGGGCUUCCUGGCCCUCCGCGGCCGCGCGCUGAACGUCGUGCCGGACUACGUGGCUGAGGCUGAGGAGGCGCUGGCGCGUGCCGUCAAGCUGCGCCCGGCGCUCGUCCACGCCUGGAACGAGUUGGGCGACGUCUACUGGAAGAAGGGCGACGUCGCCGCCGCCACCAGCUGCCUCGAGGGGGCGCUGGCCCACUGCCGGAACAAGGUGUCCCUGCGCAGCCUGUCCAUGCUGCUGCGGCAGCAGCCAAGCUCAGAGCAGCGGCGGCGGCAGGAUCCGGCACGGCUCAUCAUGGACAGCGUGGCACACGCCAAGGACGCCGUCGCCAUGGACACCGGGGACGGCACCUCGUGGUACAUCUUGGGCAACGCGUAUUUCUCACUGUUCUUCGUGACGGCCCAGGACCCACGCAUCCUGCAGCUGUCCCUCAACGCCUACGCACAGGCGGAGAAAGUCGACACCACGGCGGGGAGUAACGCGGACCUGCACCUGAACAGAGCGACGCUGCUGCAGUACCGGGAGCUGUUCGCCGAGGCCCUCGACGGCUUUGCGAGGGCCUCUGCGCUGGAGCCCACGUGGACGGAGCCGGCCCAGCGCCGUUCCGAGCUCCUCCACUUCCUGCGAAGACUCUCGGCGCUCGUCGCUAGCAAGGGCAAGGUGAAGGCUAAGAAGCUGCAGGCCUUCAUGAAGGGGCUACGCGACGCCGACCUCGGCCCCUACGCCGCUGGAGGCGGCCCCCAGCCCACGGCCGGAAGCGGCGGCGGCGGCGGCGGCGGUGCCGAAGGGCCGGAGGGGCCACGCGGCCGGGCGGCUGCGGCGCCGGCGCCGCUGUCCCCGCGGUCGCUGGCCGAGCUGAGCGAGGGCGCCAACGCUGGCGCCGUGCUGCUGGGCAGGGUGCUGUUCAGCGUCACCACGGAGCACAGCCUGCCGUUCGUGUUUGGCCUGCUGGACUCACAGGGCUCGUGCUGUGCGGUGUCCGUCUACAACUUUGUGUCCGGCUGGGGAGUUCUCAUCGGGGACUCGGUGGCGGUGCCCUCGCCCUCACUGCGCACGCACCACGUCCACGAUGGGCAGGAGGUGCUCGCGUUCCCGUGUGUGCGCGUCUCCAGCCCCGCGUCGCUGGUGGUCAACGGGAGGCAGCAGGGCAGCAGCAAGCAGGCCGCAGUCACCGCCUCCUACAGCAGGAAGUUCACGUAGCCCCGCCCCCUGCAGCAGGAAGUUCACGUAGCCCCGCCCCCUGCAGUAGUAAGUUCACGUAGCCCCGCCCCAUGCAGCAGGAAGUUCACGUAGCCCCGCCCCCCAUUCAGCAGGAAGUUCACGUAGCCCCGCCUCCUACAGCAGGAAGUUCACGUAGCCCCGCCUCCUACAGGAGGAAGUUCACGUAGCCCCGCCCCCUGCAGCAGGAAGUUCACGUAGCCCCGCCUCCUACAGCAGGAAGUUCACGUAGCCCCGCCUUCUGCAGCAGGAAGUUCACGUAGCCCCGCCCCCUGCAGCAGGAAGUUCACGUAGCCCCGCCUCCUACAGGAGGAAGUUCACGUAGCCCCGCCCCCUGAAGCAGGAAGUUCACGUAGCCCCGCCUCCUACAGGAGGAAGUUCACGUAGCCCCGCCCCCUGCAGCAGGAAGUUCACGUAGCCCCGCCUCCUACAGGAGGAAGUUCACGUAGCCCCGCCCCCCAUUCAGCAGGAAGUUCACGUAGCCCCGCCCCCUGCAGCAGGAAGUUCACGUAGCCCCGCCCCCUGCAGCAGGAAGUUCACGUAGCCCCGCCCCCUGAAACAAACAGUUUAUAUAGCCCCGCCUCCUGUAGCCCCGCCUCCUACAGCAGGAAGUUCACGUAGCCCCGCCCCCUGCAGCAGGAAGUUCACGUAGCCCCGCCUCCUACAGCAGGAAGUUCACGUAGCCCCGCCUCCUGCACCAGGAAGUUCACGUGGCCCCGCCUCCUGCAGCAGGAAGUUCACGUAGCCCUGCCCCCUGCAGCAGGAAGUUCACAUAGCCCCGCCUCCUGCAGCAGGAAGUUAACGUGGCCCCGCCUCCUGCAGCAGGAAGUUCACGUAGCCUCGCCCCCCAUUCAGCAGGAAGUUCACGU